ACCUCAGCAGCUACUACAGCGGCUGAUGCAGGACCCAAUCUCUCCUCCCUGGUGGCCUCCGAUAAAGGUCCAACCACUACCGCUUCGGAGACUUCAGUCUCUGCCAAUCCUACCAUCACUGGUGGCAUCUCUUCCUCGUUAAGCGGUAACAUCCCUACAAUCACGGGUACCAACACCAACACCAAGAGCGCUGGUGUCCCUACGAAUCUUCCCACGCUCUCCGGUGCAUUCACAAUUGUCGCUCCAUCUGUCCCCCCAACCGCCGAUGCCCCAUACAUGCAUCAAUCCAGCGCCCCCGAAGGAACCAUUUUCAUCAUCGCGGGUGCCAUCAUUGGUUUCUUCGCCUUAGCUGUCAUUGCAUGGCGCGCCCUCAUGGCCUACUCCCUUCACCAGAGCAUCAAGCGCGCAGCCAUGCUUCAAAACAUGCCGGACUCAAAAGCUGCCUUAUUCACAACACCUGUGGCGCCAUUCUAUCAAUAUAAAGACCGGGAAUCUACCAUAUCUCUAGCAGGACUAGGGCCCAAAUCUGGAAAGAAAGGACCACCACGACCCCCGGCUGGUGCUGGCGCCGCGCCCCUUUUCUUCUCGCCAACAGCCGGUGCAGGUGGCAUUCCAAACCCUGGAAAUCGCGGUUCGAAUUAUCUCCCUGCUGGUUACUACGCCGCUGGCGCCUCACAACUAGGUAACGGGCAAGGAAUGGCGCACAUUGGGUCCGGUAACUCCAUCUCCCUCUCAAACCUAGGGCCCACGCGAGACGGUUACGGAAGAGCGAGGAGUGUCGGAACUAGCGAGCCUGGUAGUCCGUAUAUGAAUGCGGCCCAAAGCUCCAGUACCUUGAAUCUAAGCCAGCCGAUGGGGGACCGUAGAGCCCCGAGUGUGUAUCUGGAUGAUCUUUUUGAUAGCGAGAACGCCCCCCCGGUUCCA